GUUUGUAGGGAUCCAAGGUGGGGUCGAUGUUAUGAGAGUUUCAGCGAGGACCCAGAUACCGUGAGAAGCAUGGCCAAAAUCAUACUAGGACUCCAGGGAUUCCCUCCUACAAAUCACACCAAGGGCUAUCCCUUUGUUGCUAAAGGGGGAAGGUAUGUAAUGGCGUGUGCAAAGCACUAUGUCGGGGAUGGAGGGACUGAAGAAGGGGUGGACGAACACAACACUGUGGCCACCUACGAGGACCUCUCCCGCAUUCAUAUGCUGCCUUACAUAGACGCCAUGGCCAUGGGUGUAUCAUCAGUGAUGGUCUCUUUCUCCAGCUGGAAUGGUGUCAAGAUGCAUACUCACCGCUUCCUCCUCACUGAAAUCCUCAAACAAGAGAUGUCCUUCCAGGGUAUGCUUAUAUCGGACUGGGCAGGCGUAGAUAGGAUAACAAAUCCUCCUGGUUUGAACCACACAGAUUGUUUGAAGGACGUAAUCAAUGCUGGGCUUGACAUGAUCAUGAUUCCAUUCAAGUAUGAGAGGUUUUUUACAGCUAUGAACUAUCUCAUAUCAUCAGGUCAGAUUCCAGUCAGCAGGAUUGACGAUGCCGUGACAAGGAUUCUAAGAGUGAAGUUUAUAUUGGGUCUUUUUGAGAAGCCCAUGGCAGAUAGGUCCCUCCUUGGCAUGUUUGCCCACAAGGAACAUAAAGAACUGGCUGGGGAAGCAGUAAGAAAGAGCCUGGUGUUGCUGAAGAAUGGGAAGGGAGAGGAGAAGAUGCUUCCCUUGAGCAAGAAUGCCCCAAAGAUUCUGGUGGCUGGGUCUCAUGCCCACAAUAUUGGCUACCAAUGUGGGGGUUGGACUAUAACAUGGCAAGGGGAUUCAGGGAACACCACCGAAGGAACAACAAUCCUAGAAGGGAUCAAGAAGGCAGUCAGCAAGGAAACCCAGGUGGUGUUUGAAGAAAGUCCUGAUGAGAAAUUCCUUUCAGAGAACAGUGAUUUCUCAUAUGCAAUUGUAGUUGUAGGUGAGCUUCCUUAUGCAGAAUUCCUUGGAGACAGCAAGGACCUAAGGCUGGCACUUGAUGGGGAAGAGACGAUCAAGACUGUAUGCAGCAAGUUAAAAUGCCUAGUCAUCAUUGUAUCUGGCCGGCCGGUAGUGAUAGAACCUUAUGUGGACAUGAUGGAUGCAUUAGUAGCAGCUUGGCUUCCUGGAAGUGAAGCUGGAAAUGGAAUUGCAGAUGUUAUAUUUGGGGACUUUGAUUUUCAUGGUAAGCUUUCAAGGACGUGGUUCCGUCGGGUUGACCAGCUGCCAAUGAAUUUUGGGGAUCCACAUUAUGAUCCAUUGUAUCCUUUUGGUUUUGGCCUUCAAAUGAAUACUUCAUUGCUAAGAAGUGGUAAUGACAUUUCUUCUUCCUCGUCUGUUUGAUUUGUGAUGCUGUAACUACAUAUCUCCUGUUACUUGGCCUUUUUAUUUAUUUAUUAUUAUUAAUAUUGUAUUUUUGGAGUUAUGAACCUAUGUCCCUGAUCCUUCAACUAUAUGUCAGAUAAAAAUAUUAUUUAUUUAUGUUAACCUUUUAAUUUACA